GUCACCUACAUCUUGGAUGCCCUGGAGGAUAUUGCUGAUAUUUCAAGCGGCGUUUCCGUUUCUGUGCGCAAGAGGGCGACGUGAUUCACUGCGCAACUCGAUUUUGAAAUUUAUUCAGCGUCGAAGAACUGAACUUAGUCGCAAUAGAAAUAUGGCGGCACCCGUGAAAGCAGCGCAUGAGCUGCAAUCCAGAACCCGGACAGAAGAUGUUCUGAUUAACGGGGGUGUCGAGUUCAGCUCGUUACUCCUCUCAAAACCUAUGCUUGAGGGGUUAUCUGCCUCUGGCUUUCACAGACCGUCCCCCAUCCAGCUGAAGGCAAUCCCGCUGGGAAGAUGUGGACUCGAUCUUAUUGUUCAAGCCAAGUCUGGCACAGGAAAAACCUGUGUGUUCACCACCAUCGCUUUGGACUCUCUUAUAUUGGAAAAUACAACCACACAGGUGCUGGUUUUGGCCCCCACUCGGGAGAUUGCAGUGCAGAUUCAUGCUGUUGUUAUGGCUAUAGGCAGUGCUAUGGAGGGCUUGGAGUGUCAUGUGUUCAUUGGCGGCCGACCUAUCAGUCAAGACAAACUGCACCUGAAGAAAUGCCACAUUGCCAUUGGUUCACCAGGUCGUAUUAAGCAGCUAAUUGAGAUGGGAGUCCUGACUACAUCCUCCAUUCGCUUGUUUGUUUUGGAUGAGGCUGAUAAGCUGCUGGAGGAUGACAGCAGCAGCAGCUUUCAGGAGCAGAUCAACUGGAUCUUCUCCUCUUUACCAGUGAACAAACAAAUGUUGGCCCUCUCUGCCACCUACCCAGAAUCUUUAGCACAUAAUCUGUCAAGAUACAUGAGAGAGCCGACGUUUGUGCGACUGAACCCGACAGACCCCGGACUUCUUGGGCUGAAGCAAUACUAUAAAAUUGUGCCGUCUCAUUCAUUACCUCAUAAAGUCUUUGAGGAGAAGGUUCAGAGUCUCCUUGAACUCUUCAGCAAAAUCCCAUUUAACCAAGCGCUGGUAUUCUCAAACCUCCAUACAAGAGCUCAGCACCUGGCUGAUAUCCUCUCUUCUAAAGGUUUGCCUGCGGUCUGCAUCUCAGGUGGUUUAAGUCAGGAUCAGAGGUUAGAGGCGAUGUGGAAGCUGAAACAGUAUCAGUGUCGAGUUUUAAUAUCCACUGAUCUGACCUCACGUGGUAUUGAUGCUGAGAAGGUGAACUUGGUGAUUAAUCUGGAUGUUCCUCAGGACUGGGAGACCUACAUGCACCGUAUUGGUCGUGCCGGACGAUUUGGCACUCUGGGGGUUGCUGUGACCUACUGUUGCCGUGGAGAGGAGGAGAACAAAAUGAUGGCCAUCGCUCAGAAAUGUUCUCUGAAUCUCAUUCAUUUACCAGAUCCAAUCCCUCCAGGGAUCAUGGAUGAGGCUUGUGACUGGGAUGUGAUAAUUGAACCACCUUCAAAACCCACUCCGAAAAUUCCUGACAUUCCCAAACCAGAGACGAAGAAACAAGCUAAAUCUGAAAAGCUGACAUCGAAACCCUCCAGAGAGCCUCACAUCUCGACGGUCAUCCCAGAAAGGACAACAGGUGAUAAAUCCUACAGUGGAGCUGAAACCAAGGUUAAAAAGCACUCACCCAAACCUGGGAGGCAAAAACCAAUACAGUCUGCUACAAACCUCCAGCAUGACUCGACUCUUACUCAGAAUGAACAGAAUGACACCCUUCCCAGAAUUCCUCCACUAUCGUCUUUUAAGUUGCAUGCACGAAAAGCUAUGACUUUCAAUGAGGCUGUGGCAGAUUAUGAGAAUUUCAUAACAGAAGGUCCGGGAAGAUCUGUCGAAAUCAUUCGCCAAUAUGACGGAUUCAACAGGAGUCGAGAUGUAGUUAAUGGACUGCAUAAUGGCCAUGCUGAUGAUGAUGGGGAUGAUAAUGAUAAGGCUUAUAAAUCAUAUGCUCCAGAAGAAUCGCACUCCCAUCAAGAUCUUCCUCCACCACAAGAGUUUUCAGAGUUGUCCUCUGAGCAGAAGACUCUUUCUGUGUUAUCUGAUGAUUCUUCUUCAGAGUGUGAGAUGGAGGAGGAAAGUGAACCAAGCUCUUCUGUCCCCACUCGGUCUUCACAUCACACACCUGCUCUUCCAGACAAAAGAGUAUCAGAAUUGAAAGAAUCCUCUUUACCUUCAGCCAGAGGAUCACAACAGACUAGCAGAAGCAAGCAAAGGCCUAGUAAACCUCAAUGCCAGAAUCCUGCUAACCACCACAGCCUUUCCCAGAAACACCAGCCGGCUUCCAGCAGGAAGGCUGCCUCGGCAGGACAGAAGGGGAGAAAAAGAGAGACUGAUGAACUGGAAGAGGAAGUGGCCGGGGAGGAUUAUUGGAGUUCAUACAGAGCCUGGGUUGAAUAUUACAAUUCAUAUUAUAACCGCUCACCCUACAACUGGAAGACUGCAUUUUAUAUGAAUUCUGUCUACAUAAAAGAAAUGAUGAAGCACUAAAAAGGUUGCCAAGCAUAUGACUUUUGAGUUUGGUAAUGUUCUCAUUUGCAUUGUG